ACUAUUAUUCUCUUCUUCUUCUUCAACCCCAUAAAAAACUUCCCUUAAGCAUAUCUCAAACACCCUUUUUUCUUCUUUCAAACACAUAUAUACAUAACAUAGUUCUCUUAUUUGGUGUCUUCAUUCUUGAAAAAAAAAAAAAGUUCUUAUCUUUCUCCUUCAUAUGAAGCUUGUUUGUGUGUGUUUUUAAGCUAUUUAGUGCAUACACCAAACACCCUUUUUCUUCUUUCAAAGCAUAUAUACAUACAAAAAAAGGUUCUCUUCUUUCAGUCCUUGGUGUCUUCAUUUUGAAAAAAUAAACAAAAAAAACUCUUAUCUUUCCCCUUCUUCAUACACCAUUUUUCUUCUUUCAAACAUAUAUACACUUAAAGUUUUUUUUUCCCCACCUUUUGAAGCUUAUUUAGUGUAUAUUAUGUGCAAGAAAAUGAAUCAUUACAAGAGAUAUCAUAACUGGAGUAAGAAAGGAGGAGAUGUACUUGUAGUUUGUGUAGAUGAAGAAACUACACCUCUUGGUUUAGUAUGUGGAAACAAUCAUAAAAGAAUUAAACCAAAACUUUUAUACCUUUUAUUUCUUUCUUUAAUCUCUUUUAGCUUUAUUUUAGCUCCACAGCUCUUCACUUCUCCUCAUAGUUUUUCUCUUUUGUAUUCAUUUAGUUCUGAAGAAGGAGGACUUAUUUCUAAAACAGAUGUAAAUGCUUGUUCCUCUGUAUCUAAUGGGUCAAUUUGUUGUGAAAGAAGCAGUAUUCGAUCUGAUAUAUGCGUAAUGAAAGGGGACGUUAGGACGGAUUCUGCUUCCUCUACAAUUACCCUCUACAGAAACAAUGAUCAUAGCAAUUACAUUUUGCGAAAUCUUGAUGAGAAUAGUGAGGUAUUUCAGCAUGAAAAAAUUAGGCCAUAUACUCGAAAAUGGGAAAAACACGUUAUGGACACGAUCGAUGAAUUAGACCUUGUUGUGAAACCGGAGCAUUCUGGCGUUCACCAAAAGUGUGAUGUUAAACAUGAUGUCCCGGCUGUGUUUUUCUCUACUGGAGGUUACACCGGUAAUCUUUACCACGAGUUCAAUGACGGACUCAUUCCCCUUUACAUCACUUCACAGAAGUUUAACAAAAAGGUUGUGUUUGUAAUUCUUGAGUACCAUAAUUGGUGGAUAAUGAAGUAUGAAAACGUCCUUUCUCGCCUCACCAAGUAUCCUAUUAUAGAUUUUACCGGAGAUAAAAGGACUCAUUGCUUUCCUGAAGCCAUAGUUGGUUUAAGAAUCCACGACGAACUAAGUGUUAAUUCUUCAUUGAUGGGAAAUAAUAAGUCCAUUCAAGACUUUAGAGAGCUUCUCGACCGAGCUUAUUGGCCUCGGAUUAAAGGUUUGAUCCGAGAUGAGGAACGUGAAGCUCAUAUGCACACGGAAAAGCUCGUGAAGCAGGAUUUGAAGAAACCUAAAGUGGUUAUAAUAGCAAGAAAUGAUUCUAGAGCUAUACUGAAUGAAGAUUCAUUGGUUAAAAUGAUCAAAGAUAUCGGGUUCUCCAUCAAAGUUUUGAGGCCACAACGGACGACAGAGCUCGCAAGGAUCUAUCGAGUCCUUAAUUCAAGUGAUGUUAUGAUAGGAGUUCACGGUGCUGCCAUGACUCAUUUCCUCUUCAUGAGGCCUGGUUCUGUUUUCAUCCAAAUCAUUCCGCUUGGAACGGAUUGGGCAGCAGGAACUUAUUAUGGAGAACCGGCAGUUAAACUAGGUCUCAAGUAUAUUGGAUAUAAAAUUCUUCCGAAAGAGAGCUCUUUGUAUGAUGAAUACAAUAAAAAUGAUCCCGUUCUAGCUGACCCUAACAGUGUGAAUGAUAGAGGUUGGGAAUUCACGAAAAAGAUUUACCUUGAUCGUCAAAAUGUUAGGUUGAAUCUUGGAAGGUUUCGUAAAAGAUUGGUUCGUGCCUAUUAUCAUUCUGUUGCUAAUGAAAGCGCACGUCUUCAUCGUCAAAGUCGGUAAUUGUUUUGCCUUUUUGUGGUUUAUGAAACAUACUUAGUCUCAGUUGUACAUCAUUAUUCAGAAUAAAAGAAAUAAAACAUUCCUGUAGAGAUGUGUGGCAAUGCCUUUUGUGUACAUUAUGUAGGAAAAUGGUAAGUUGCUCCUUGGUUACUAAGAAAAAAGAAUUGCUCUGCUUUCUGAGA